GAUGGCACUGGGGGCUGUGAGGGGAGGCUUCUCCAACACCUGGAGAGCCCAGACACCUCCACUUGGUGUACCCCGAAGAGCCCAGAGUCCCCAGCCACACCAGGGCUCCCCCAACUUCCAAAUAGGGCUGGCUGGGGCUGCCCUCCUGCUUCUCACCCCAUCACUGGCUUCCCGGUAUUUGGGACUCCCAGACUCUACCUAGAGGGCGUGUUGGUCACCCCAUGAGAUUCCUUCAUGAUAUGAAGGCCGUGAAUGAGGAGAGGCGGGACGAAUAUCCAAGCAUUGCCCACAGGGGGUGCUGUAGAGAGGCCAAGCUUUGGAGGGGCUGCCUGGUCUUCUGGGGUUCCUGAUGUCCUAGGAGGGUCCUCCACCUGCCCCAAGCACGCCUCCCAGCCCACGGACCCUAACCUGUCCCAGAGGCCUGUGAGCACACGACCUUCUUGUCUUGUGGGCUCCUUGGAAACUCGCCCCCUUCCCCCCGUUCACACCAGGCCCCGGGGAUAUGGAAUUGUGCCCACAGGACAGCAGUGACUUCGGCCAACCAUUCCUCAUUUUCACCAAGUCUCCUGUAUCGGGUAUUCAUCACCCUCAACAGGUGGGGAGGCCCGAGGGGUUCCACCUUCCCCACGCCUCCCUGGACUUUCCUCAGCUUCCUGAGCCCUGGUAUACUCCUCCUGAGAUUCCUAGGCCUUGAGUGGGUUGGGUUUUUCCAUUUUUUUCUUGCAGCUGCAAAUCAGGAAACCAGAUCAUAAAGCCACCUUGGGUAAGUAGGUGGGAUAGAACCAGGCCUCGGAGCUACUGCUGGGGAUCAGGAAGCCCCCAGCCCCGUUUCUCCCUCCCUCCCCGCCUCCCUCUCUCAGGAAAAAGUCCCAGCCACUGCCUCUCAGCAGGGCUCCCUAGGAGCCACAGCAGCUCUGCCCCACACUGUGCCCAUUUCCCUGACUAGGGGCUCAAGCCUGGGGUCUGAGGAGGCUUUAGGCCUAGUGACCACUCCCUGAGGUGCCCAGGGGACAGCAGUUGCCUUGGUGACAGCGGGCAGCUGGUGACCAUCAUUGCCCAUUAGUGGACCCACCCGAGGUGGGUCUGGCUACUUAAAGAUGAGGACAGAAUAAAAAUACAAGCGAGGCCCCCAGCCUGGGGCUCGGCGUCGCGGGCUGCAGCUCAGCGCCUUGCCCCACAGCAGCUGUGGCUUGCACCUGCUCCAAGAGAGCAUCCUCCAAAGUGGGACCCCUCGGCAGGGCUCAGGACAGGGGUGUCCACCAGGGGUCCAGUCACUGCCACUGCUGUUGAGGGCAUCCUGCCAUGGAGCGUCACUGUGGGUGGGCUCUUCGCUGGGGUCCUAAGCAGGGCACGCGUUCUGAAGCUCACUUUUUUCUGUAAAGGGGGAGGAGAGGAUUAAUCAAAGCAUUGCUGGAGAAGCCCCACAGAGUAGGUGUCUGCAAACACCUUGCCCCUGCCCCUGUAGCCCUGUAGAUUUCUGGACGGGAAGGGCCGGAGUCUUUGCCUAAAAGAAGGGCUGUGCCCCCACUGUUUCACGGCUUGGAGUGGGGACUCCCGUUGCUGUGUUGAGGAAAUCCUGGUGCUCUGAGUGCUGUGUGGCCCCAGCUCCUGCUCCCGCUGUGCCUGGCCUGCCUCCACUGUCCAGCGCUAGAAGGCUAAGUUCUAGGAGCUGCUUCUGAGGGUGAAGUCUUCCUGUAUCUGGUGCUUAGAGGAUGCACCAGACGCCAUCCCUCCUGCCUUCUAGUUUCAGCAAGAACUUUGGAGAUAAGGCCUGGACCGGGUGUCUGGGAGGAGAGGCAGGUGGGCCAGAAAGGGAUGGGUGGGAGUGAGUGAGGACUCUCUGCGCAGUGUGGUUGAGCUGGACCACAAGGAGGAGCGAGCCCAGGGGGAAGGGGGGUGCCGUCGCCAGUCCCCACCCACCACCCCUUCUCCCUCCAGCCCAAGCCACAGCCAAACCCACAGUGUGCCCAAUAGGCCACUUCCUCCCCGCCUCCAGGUUCAAAGGUCACCAUCACUCUGCCAGGGAGCCUCUUUCUGCCCACUCCUCUUCUGAGGCCCACCCAGCCCAGCCCAGCCCUACUGCCUGCCUCUCCCUAGCGCUGUCCUAGUGCUCAUGAAAAGUAAUCAUAAUCACAACAAUUAAUAACAACAGAGCCCACAGCAGGCCUGAGGCAGCCCUUAAAGAGGCAGUGCCCCAUUUUCUCCCAGCAGAGCUGGCGGUGGGACCUGGCUGGCACUGAGAGGCAGCCUGUGCCUUUGUUCCCAUCCCUCCCUUUGCCUUGGGUUUUGGGGUGGUGUUGGGGUGAGCAUUUUUGCCUGCGUUCUCCAUCAGUACUAGUCUCGUGUUUUAAUUGAACUGUCUUUUCUUAGCGAUAGAUGCUUUCACCGCAUCCAGCUGCUCGUGUGUAUUGGGAAACCUGCCUGUAAUACAGCUCGGCUAAAUUAAAAGACGCAGCAGCUGGACGAUUAAACAGGGAGGGAGGGAUGCAGACGGACAGGCAGGGAGGGGACACUGGUAAGAGCCCCCAUCUCUGUCUCUGUCUGUCUCUCUUUAAAUAAUGUUUCUGGUAAUGCAUUUUGGAGAAUGUGAAAAAAAAUAAAAAAUAAAGCCGUAGAAAUGUUAAUGAUAUCCACAGGACACUCAGCAGGAAAUGAGAGUGAUCUGGGACUAAUAAAAGCCGAAAUGUAAUUUGUGCAGAUAUACGAGGCGCAGGCUUCAGAGUGGUCCUGGGUUUGCACAUUCUGGGCUCAUAAACAUGCGCCUGGGGAGGGCAGGGAGCGGGCGCCGUGCCGUCGGCCUGGGCACAGGAUCGCCUGGGCUGCCCUGUGGCGAUCUGGCCAGGGCAGGAGCGAGGGGCUGCCCAGCUGGCAGGGAGCUGCCAGACCUGAACCAAGCGCCGUUCCCAGCUCCUCUGGGCUGGCACGUCGCAGCAGGAACCUCCUGUAAUGUUUUAUCCGAGCCGCCAGGGGUAGGAUUGAAGUGGGUCAGAAGGGCGGGCGUGAGGCUUGUUAGGGAUGCCUGUGACAAAUCCAGGGAGAGGAGGGGGAGCAGAGGGAAGCGGCUUUGAUGAGCCAGUGGGCAGGGGCUUGCCUCUCAGGAAAGUGGCCGGCCCCCCACUGGGCUGGGUGUCCUGGGCUGAUGGGCUGGCUCCUGGGGGCCGUCUGGCUGCCCUGGGCUUGCCCUGCUCUCAGGCACAUGGAGGCCCUCUGUCCCCUUCCCUGCAUCCAUCCCUAGACACUGAAUGAGGAAGGCACCUGUGGUGGGGUCUGGGCGAAGGAAGAGGGGUGAACGUAGCAGCCGCCCACAGCUCUCCCUUACUCUUUCCUGUUUCCCUCCCUGACUCUGCAUGCCUCUCCUUCUCUGUGCCCCUUCCUGACCCCUUCAACAACCUGGAGUGUUUGUAGCCGGAGGCAGGUCACCCCUUCCUUUUGGAGCAUUUGGGAACUAGCACUAGAAAGUCCCCUGUCCCCCUGGGGGCCUGGGCCACACAGGCCAAGCUGGGCCCCCUUCUUCCUGCCUCCGGGCCAGCGUGGUUCUGGGUAAAUCCCAAGCCUUCUGGGACUCGGCCGAUGGCGAGACCCUCCGUGCACUUCCUCCAAAACCUGGGCCAUUUUCCUUCUUUCUUCCAUCCCUCUUUUAGGGGUCUUCUGGGGUGGCCAGGCCAGCGAGUCAGCUGGGGGAAGCUGGACGCCGGACCGGCAGAUGCUCUGCUCGGAAAGACUCCCCCAACCCACCCCGGCUCCUUUCCUGACCCAGGAUUCUGCUUUGGGGGCAGGGGCAGGUUAGACCCCCGCCUGGGUCCCGAGCCCUAAAAUCAUAACCAGAUGGGCUCGUGGGUGUUGCCUGCCCCAGCCCUCUCCUGCAGAGUUGGGGAGGGGCUGGCCAGGAGCGACAGGGCUUCGUCCCCCAGUACGGGGGGUUGGGGGUGGUGAGCUGUGCCCUUCCGUGGCCGUGGGACUGCAUCUCUAGCCCCAUUAGUAUGCACUCCCUCACUCUGGGCCACGUAAUCUGUUUAUGCACCUAUGAUAUCAAAAACGGGAGGCAGGUGCUGCUGUCUUUCGUUCCUGAGAGUCAGAGGAGGGGACGUUUUAUGUCUAUGGUGGCUUGGCAGCCCCUAAUCGACGUCUGCUGGAAGGAACAGACAGAUUCCAGAUGGCGUGGCAGUGAUCGAGGAGAUAACCAGCCCGAGUCAUGCAGUCUUUUCGAGAAAGGUGUGGUUUCCAUGGCAAACAACAGAACUACCAGCAGACCUCGCAGGAAACAUCACGCCUGGAGAAUUACAGGCAGCCGAGUCAGGCCGGGCUAAGCUGUGACCGGCAGCGGCUGCUCGCCAAGGACUAUUAUAACCCGCAGCCUUACCCGAGCUACGAGGGUGGCACCGGCACGCCCUCUGGCACAGCGGCCACGGUGGCUGCUGACAAGUACCACCGAGGCAGCAAGGCCCUGCCCACGCAGCAGGCCCUGCAGGGGAGGCCAGCUUUCCCCGGCUACGGCGCCCAGGACAGCAGCCCCUACCCAGGCCGCUAUGCUGGUGAGGAGAGCCUGCAGGCUUGGGGGGCCCCGCAGCCACCACCCCCACAGCCGCAGCCCCUGCCAGCGGGGGUGGGCAAGUAUGAUGAGAACUUAAUGAAAAAGACGGCAGUGGCCCCCAGCAGGCAGUAUGCAGAGCAGGGCGCCCAGGUGCCCUUUCGGACUCACUCCCUGCACGUCCAGCAGCCACCGCUGCCCCAGCAGCCCCUGGCAUACCCCAAGCUGCAAAGGCAGAAGCUGCAGAAUGACAUUGCCUCCCCUCUGCCCUUCCCCCAGGGCACCCACUUUCCCCAGCAUUCCCAGUCCUUCCCCACCUCCUCCACCUACUCCUCCUCCGUCCAGGGCGGUGGGCAGGGGGCCCACUCCUAUAAGAGCUGCACGGCGCCGACUGCCCAGCCCCACGACAGGCCGCUGACCGCCAGCUCCAGCCUGGCCCCGGGGCAGCGGGUCCAGAGUCUUCACGCCUACCAGUCAGGCCGCCUCAGCUAUGACCACCAGCAGCAGCAGCAGCAGCAAGCUCUUCAGAGCCGGCACCAUGCCCAGGAAACCCUCCAUUACCAAAACCUCGCCAAGUAUCAGCACUACGGGCAGCAAGGCCAGGGCUACUGCCAGCCGGACGCCGCAGUCCGGACCCCGGAGCAGUACUACCAGACCUUCAGCCCCAGCUCCAGCCACUCGCCCGCCCGCUCCGUGGGCCGCUCCCCCUCCUACAGCUCCACUCCGUCGCCGCUGAUGCCAAACCUGGAGAACUUCCCCUACAGCCAGCAGCCGCUGAGCACAGGGGCCUUUCCCGCGGGGAUCACAGACCACAGCCACUUCAUGCCCCUGCUCAACCCCUCCCCGACGGAUGCCACCAGCUCCGUGGACACUCAGGCCGGCAACGGCAAGCCGCUGCAGAAGGACAAGCUCCCUGAGAGCCUGCUGUCGGACCUCAGCCUGCAGAGCCUCACGGCGCUGACCUCACAGGUGGAGAACAUUUCCAGCACCGUCCAGCAGCUGCUGCUGUCCAAGGCUGCCGUGCCGCAAAAGAAAGGCGUCAAAAACCUCGUGUCCAGGACCCCGGAGCAGCACAAAAGCCAGCACUGCAGCCCCGAAGGCAGCGGCUACUCGGCCGAGCCCGCGGGCACCCCGCUGUCGGAGCCGCUGGGCAGCACGCCGCAGUCCACGCACGCCGAGCCGCAGGAGGCCGACUACCUGAGCGGCUCCGAGGACCCGCUGGAGCGCAGCUUCCUCUACUGCAGCCAGGCCCGUGGCAGCCCUGCCAGGGUCAACAGCAACUCGAAGGCCAAGCCCGAGUCCGUGUCCACCUGUUCUGUGACUUCUCCUGACGACAUGUCCACCAAAUCUGACGACUCCCUGCAGAGCCUGCAUGGCAGUCUGCCGCUCGACAGCUUCUCCAAGUUCGUGGCGGGCGAGCGGGACUGUCCUCGGCUGCUGCUGAGCGCCCUGGCACAGGAGGACCUGGCCUCCGAGAUCCUGGGGCUGCAGGAAGCCAUCGGCGAGAAGGCCGACAAAGCUUGGGCCGAAGCAUCCAGCCUGGCCAAGGACAGCAGCAAGCCACCCUUCUCUCUGGAGAACCACAGCGCCUGCCUGGACUCUGUGGCCAAGGGUGCGUGGCCCCGGCCUGGGGAGCCGGAGGCCCUGCCCGACCCCUUGCAGCUGGACAAGGGUGGCACCACCAAGGACUUCAGCCCAGGGCUGUUCGAAGACCCUUCCGUGGCCUUCGCUACCCCUGACCCCAAAAAGACAACUGGUCCUCUCUCUUUUGGCACGAAGCCCACCCUUGGGGUGACGGCUCCAGACCCUACCGCAGCAGCUUUUGACUGUUUCCCAGACUCGACUGCUGUCAGCUCGGCAGACAGUGCUAACCCCUUUGCCUGGCCAGAGGAAAACCUGGGGGAUGCUUGUCCCAGGUGGGGAUUGCACCCCGGUGACCUCACCAAGGGCCUGGAGCAGGGUGGGAAGGCCUCGGACGGUGUCAGCAAAGGGGACGCCCAUGAGGCUUCGGCCUGCCUGGGCUUCCAGGAGGAGGAGCCCCCGGGGGAGAAGGUGGUCUCGUUGCCUGGGGACUUCAAGCAGGAGGAGGCGGGUGGGGUGAAGGAGGAGGCAGGCGGGCUGCUGCAGUGCCCCGACGUGGGCAAGGCUGAUCGGUGGCUGGAGGACAGCCGGCACUGCUGUUCCACCGCCGACUUCGGGGACCUCCCGCUGCUGCCGCCCACCAGCAGGAAGGAGGACCUGGAGGCUGAGGAGGAGUACUCCUCCCUGUGUGAGCUCCUGGGCAGCCCCGAGCAGAGGCCUGGCAUGCAGGACCCGCUGUCACCCAAGGCCCCGCUCAUCUGCACCAAGGAGGAGGUGGAGGAGGUGCUGGACUCCAAGGCCGGCUGGGGCUCCCCGUGCCACCUCUCAGGGGAGUCUGUCAUCCUGCUGGGUCCCACCGUGGGCACCGAGUCAAAGGUCCAGAGCUGGUUUGAGUCUUCGCUGUCCCACAUGAAGCCUGGUGAAGAGGGGCCCGACGGGGAGCGAGCUCCGGGGGAUUCUGCCACCUCGGACACCUCUCUGGCCCAGAAGCCCAACAAGCCUGCUGUGCCUGAGGCGCCCAUCGCGAAGAAAGAGCCUGUGCCACGGGGCAAAAGCUUACGGAGCCGGCGGGUACACCGGGGGCUGCCCGAGGCGGAGGACUCCCCGUGCAGGGCACCUGCGCUGCCCAAAGACCUCUUGCUCCCUGAAUCCUGCACGGGACCCCCGCCGGGACAGAUGGAAGGGGCUGGAGCCCCAGGCCGGGGGGCCUCGGAGGGGCUCCCCAGGAUGUGCACUCGUUCUCUCACGGCCCUGAGUGAGCCCCGCACGCCCGGGCCCCCAGGCCUGACCACCACCCCUGCACCCCCAGACAAACUGGCGGGCAAGCAGCGAGCCGCCUUCAAGUCGGGCAAGCGGGUGGGGAAGCCCUCACCCAAGGCCGCCUCCAGCCCCAGCAACCCGGCCGCCCUGCCUGUGGCCUCCGACAGCAGUCCCAUGGGCUCCAAGACCAAGGAGACGGACUCGCCCGGCACACCUGGCAAGGACCAGCGCUCCAUGAUCCUUCGGUCACGCACCAAAACCCAGGAGAUCUUCCACUCCAAGCGACGGAGGCCCUCCGAGGGCCGGCUCCCCAACUGCCGGGCCACCAAGAAGCUCCUAGACAACAGCCACCUGCCUGCCACGUUCAAGGUCUCCGGCAGCCCCCAGAAGGAGGGCAGGGUGAGCCAGCGGGCCAGGGUCCCCAAGCCUGGUGCAGGCAGCAAGCUCUCUGACCGGCCCCUCCAUGCGCUCAAAAGGAAGUCGGCCUUCAUGGCGCCGGUCCCCACCAAGAAGCGGAACCUGGUCUUGCGGAGCCGCAGCAGCAGCAAUGCCAGCGGCAACGGGGGAGAUGGGAAGGAGGAGGGGCCCGAGGGCACCCCCACCCUCUUCAAGAGGAUGUCUUCUCCCAAGAAGGCCAAGCCCACCAAGGGCAAUGGCGAGCCCGCCACAAAGCCCCCACCCCCCGAGGCCCCCGACGCCUGCCUCAAGCUCGCCUCUCGGGCGGCCUUCCAGGGGGCCAUGAAGACCAAGGUGCUGCCGCCCCGGAAGGGCCGGGGCCUGAAGCUGGAAGCCAUCGUGCAGAAGAUCACCUCGCCCAGCCUCAAGAAGUUUGCAUGCAAAGCGCCGGGGCCCGCUCCCGGUCAUCCUCUGAGCCCAUCCCUUCCUGAGAAGGACCGUGGGCUCAAGGGUGCUGGGGGCAGCCCGGUGGGGGCCGAAGAAGGCCUGAUCAGCAUGGGCACCGGGCAGAAGCUCCCAGCGGCUUCUGUUGCCGAUCCGUUAUGCAGAAAUCUGACCAACAGAUCCUUAAAAGGCAAACUCAUGAACAGUAAGAAACUGUCUUCGACUGACUGUUUCAAAACCGAGGCCUUCACGUCCCCGGAGGUCCUGCAGCCUGGGGGGACCGCCCUGGCACCUAAGAAGCGAAGUCGGAAAGGCCGGGCGGGAGCCCUCGGGCUCUCCAAAGGCCCCCUGGAAAAGCGGCCCUAUCUUGGCCCGGCUCUGCUCCUGACUCCCCGAGACAGGGCCGGUGGCACCCAAGGGGCCGGCGAGGACAGCCCUGGCGGAGGAGGCAAGAAGCCAAAGAUGGAGGAGCUGGGCCUGGCCUCCCAGCCCCCCGAGGGCAGGCCCUGCCAGCCCCAGACAAGGGCACAGAAACAGCCAGGCCAUGCCAACUACAGCAGCUAUUCCAAGCGGAAGCGCCUCACUCGGGGCCGGGCCAAGAACACCACCUCUUCACCCUGCAAGGGGCGAGCCAAGCGGCGGCGGCAACAGCAGGUGCUGCCCCUGGAUCCCGCAGAGCCUGAAAUCCGCCUCAAGUACAUUUCGUCGUGCAAGCGGCUGAGGUCAGACAGUCGAAUCCCCGCCUUCUCACCCUUCGUGCGCGUGGAGAAGCGAGAUGCGUUCACCACCAUAUGCACUGUUGUCAACUCCCCUGGAGAUGCACCCAAGCCCCACAGGAAGCCUUCCUCCUCUGCCUCCUCUUCCUCAUCCUCAUCCUCGUUCUCCUUGGAUGCAGCCGGGGCCUCCCUGGCCACGCUCCCUGGAGGCUCCAUCCUGCAGCCUCGGCCCUCCCUGCCCCUCUCCUCCACCAUGCACCUGGGGCCUGUGGUUUCCAAGGCCCUGAGUACCUCUUGCCUUGUUUGCUGCCUCUGCCAAAACCCGGCCAACUUCAAGGACCUCGGGGACCUCUGUGGGCCCUACUACCCCGAACACUGCCUCCCCAAAAAGAAGCCAAAACUCAAGGAGAAGGUGCGGCCGGAGAGCACCUGCGAGGAAGCCUCGCUGCCACUCGAGAGAACACUCAAAGGCCCCGAGUGCGCAGCUGCCGCCGCCGCCGGAAAGCCCCCCAGGCCUGAUGGCCCAGCCGACCUGGCCAAGCAGGGCCCACUGCGCACCAGUGCCCGGGGCCUGUCCCGGAGGCUGCAGAGCUGCUACUGCUGCGAUGGCCGGGAGGACGGGGGCGAGGAGGCAGCCCCAGCCGACAAGGGCCGAAGACACGAGUGCAGCAAGGAGGCCCCGGGAGAGCCCGGCGGGGAGGCCCAGGAGCACUGGGUGCACGAGGCCUGCGCCGUGUGGACCGGUGGCGUCUACCUGGUGGCCGGGAAGCUCUUUGGGCUGCAGGAGGCCAUGAAGGUGGCCGUGGACAUGGUAAGAGGCCAGCCCAGCCAGGGUGGGGAGCGUGGGGUUCCAAAGGACAGUAAUGCAGGCAGGCAGGGAGCCCCUUGUCUCUCUAGUGCUACAGCAUGGGCCUAAUUCGUCUGCAGUCUCGGGAUGAUCUGCAGAGUCCUCCGGGCUGUGUGGGGGAAGUGGAGGCACCGUCCGGCCAAGGCAGGUUGGACUCACCCACCCUGUCCCAGGAGACUUCCUGCUGGGGGCCCCUAUGCCAGCUUUCUCCCACUCACCUGGCAUCUUCAGGCUCCAGCCCCACCCAGAGCCCACGGGGCCCCUCCCCAUGCUGUCCCUGGAGUUGCCAAGGCCCAGAGGACACGCGGCCUCCCAGGAUUGAACGUCAGGGCCGUCCUGGGUGGCGCAAGAGCAAGCUGCCCACCCUCCGUUUCUGUCUCCUGUGCCUCUGGAAUGGAGCUGAGGGCUUAGGGGAAGAAUCCCUCCAACGACACAGGCUUGACACAUGGACCAGUCACAGGGUCCCUCCCUCUGCAGGACAGUCCACGGGGUCACACAGUCACACAGGCAGGGUGGGGCAGACCCGGACCCUCUUGCCCCUGGCUCCGAGACCAGCUUUGGAAGCCGGAGUCACUGAGCACCAACGUGAGAGGGAACUCGGGCCGCGCAGCCAUGCACCUUUGGGGCUGUGACCUGCCCUCCCUGUGCCUCUGUCCCCUCGCCCCUAAUGUGGGUCUGAGGGUGCCCAUGGAGGAGGGGUCGGGAGGGUUACAUGGGGGCAGUCCCCAGCCUCCAGAGCGAGGCUGCCCUGUGAUAGUCGGUACAGAGGGGCCUGGUGGCUCUGGUGACCCCGGGGUGACGUGUCUGGUGGUACUACCACUUCCCCAGUACCAUAAGGUCCGUCUGCCCUUCUGAGGGAGGUAACAGUGGGGUCUACUCCCCCAGAGUCGUGCUUCUGCCCCCCACAUUCAGCCCCCACUCCACUGCCGCAUCCAGACCUCCAUGGAGUGACGCUCCCGGCUCCCAGUGCUGGGUGGUGGCUCUCAGUGGGAACAACUGCUCUCUCAGUGGCCCCUGCCCUGAGUCCCAUCCCCUCCACUCCUUCCUUCAGCCUGCUGUGUGCAGUUGAGGUCACAGGGAAGCCAGAGGGGCUUUGCAGGGGUCUCCAGAGGCCUUGCACGAACACUGCCUGCCUCUGAGCAAUUGAGUGACCCAGCAGAGUGGCCCCAGUGACUUCAGCCCCCACCACCCGCAUGGCCUCCUCCCCUGGUGCAGCGCGGCCCACCUGCUUCUUGCAGUGCCCCUGCAGUCCCUCUGAGCAGCCUUUGCCCCUGACAGUUGCUGUGACAUCAUCUGGCCUUACCAAGGUCCUGGUGGGUGCCCACUGUGGAUUCCACUCACACCUCGUGUGUGUUGGGCACCUGCUUCCCACUGCCCAUGGGGAUGGUUGCAUCUCCACGCCCAGACGCCCUGCCCACCUCACUUCAGCCUCUGCCUCAGAGGAAGGCUGGCCCGGACGGGACACCGCAGCUUCGUGAUGCGGCAGGCCUUGCUUGCCCAGCAGAUGGUGGCUCUGGGUCUCUUUCCAGUUGGUGAUUUUUUGCCUCUCCCCUGCUUUCUCUGUCUCUUUCUCCCAUUACUGGCUCCUUCCCAGCACCUUGAAACAGGUUCAAGUCUCUCCCAUCAUCAUAAACCCUCAGAUCCCCAGCCCCAGCCGCCGGCAUCGCCCCUCUUCACAGCCUCUUCCCUGAAAGCCUGUCCCUAUUGCCUCCUGGCCGUUCAGCCUCUCUGGGGGCUGCCUCCGUGCACCCGACACUCAUGUCCCACCAGGCUGGGAUCCGGUCGUCUCUGCGUCCCCUGCAGCCAGCACUGGCCGGCCGAAGGGAGGAGGGGUCAGCCCUGAGCACCGAGCACCCCAGCCCAUCCCCGCCUGUCCCUGGGCCGUAGGUGUCUUGCCGUCCAUGCACACACAGCGCUCUGCUGGACCGACACAGUGAGUGUCGGAGCGGCACCGGCUUCCCUGCGCCACACGGAGGCUGGAACUCGCCUGCCUGGGCCAUGCCUGUCCGCUGUGCCAUGCUCCAGAAACGGCUUGACAGCCGGCACGACUGGGGCUGCCCCAGGAAGGUCAGAACCAGGAACGCCCUGCCGGAGACAUGGGGCAUCUGGGGGAAUGGGCAGGUCUGGGGCUUCCCAGGGUCACUUUCGGUUCAUACCCCUUCCUGCCUAUCAGUGGCUUGGGGGCACCGCGAUCCUUGGAGUCAGACCCUGAUUCAAAUCCCAGCUCUGCCCAGGGCUGGUUCUAUAACUCCAGGCAAGUCAGGCAUCCUCUGAGAAUCCCACAAUGUCAACCCUGUUAGCAGGAUUGUGGGGUUCUGCGGAUCUGCCUGGCAUGUGGAAGGGGCUUGGGGUGCAGCUGCAUCCCCGGCCACAGCCCUGCCACGGCCCUCAGCACCGUGGCCUCACUUUGGCUUUCAGGAGGGCAGAACCUCUGAGCCAGCCCUCAGGAUACCCUCUUCCCUUGAUGGCCCUUUCUGGGAACGGGCCCCGCCCGCUGUCUCUGAGCCCUGCCAUGCUAACCUCCUGGCACCUUGGUGUCCCUGGCUGCCCAGAGCCUGCCCCUCCCCCAAAGCCAUCAUAGACCCCUACCUCCUAUCCAGAUGGGGCCUGGCCCGGAGUGCUUGGGGUGAGAGGGACCCAUAGCAGGCUCUGGGCAUUGUUGGGGGCUGGGCGGGGUCUGUAGAGGCCCCACCUGUGGCAGGGUUCACGGGCCACCACCCCUGCGCUCCCCUCGGCGUAGUUGGGGUCAGAAGGGCCUGAGGCCUCACUCUGAUCUCAGUUUCUUCACAUCUAAAAUGCCAUUCAGAUGCCUCCCUGAGAGUAGGGCUGCCUUGCAGGCAAGUGGAGCGAAGUCUUCACCACCCAGACACCGACGCCACGCGUGGACAGCGGCCUCCUGUGUAUCAUUAGCCCUUUUGGGUCAGGAAUUGGGGACGCUGGACCCCAGAUCCCCAGGAGGCCAUCCCAGACCAGGCGGGAAGGAGCCCUCAGCCCUGAGCUGAAAACCCAAAAUUGUAGAACAAACCCCAGGCCACAGCCCCCACCUGCCCACUCCCAGCUUGGGCAGGGCAGCGGGGAGGGGAGUGUUCUCAGACAUUUCUCAGCUGCUGGGGAGGGGAGGGAGCAUCCCCCCACCAGCAUGUGGGGUCCUGUGGGCCCCUGCUCCAGCCUGGAGCCCUUGGGCAGGUUACUCAGCCUCAGCUUUCAUUGGUAACCUGGACAAAACAGCAAUAAUGGCAUCAUAAGGUUGGCAUGAGGGCAUGACUGGCACACAGGAAGCUACUGUCAUUUGUUUCACUGGCUUUGCACCUGGGCACCGGCCACCACCCUCUCUGCUGCCUUCUUUUCCUUACCCCUGCCAGCACAGUGGCACGGUGGCGCUGGCGCCUGGGUGGCGUCUCCCUCCGCAGCCUCAGAUUGACUCCACUCUUCCAAGGGCCUUCUUGGCCUGGCUGUCCUCACCUGGCCAUGUCCCACUCUAAGCAGCUGGGCCAGGUGUGGGGCAGCCCCAAGCUUCACAGAGGACAGUUUUGAGACUUGGAGGACGAGAGCAUCAGAGUUACAUGAAAUCAGCAUCUCAUGCUGAGAGCUGGUUCCCGGAGAGUGCAGGUCUCAUCCUAAGCAGAACAGUCCCAGCCCAGCUUCCGUGCUCUUGCUGCCAGAGAGGGCAGAAAACCAUGCCAAUGCCUUCACUCUUGCCUGGAAUGGGAGCCUCAGUUUCACCAUCUGUAAAGUGAGGUUAAUGAAAGUGACACACAGAGGGCUGUUGGAGCCAGUGGAUAAGGACACAGCAGCCCCUGCACACAGGACGCAUGCCACAGACCCCGGCCAGGAGCCACAGCCAUGGUGGUAACUGGCAUCGCUGCCCCAAGGGGGUCUCCCUACCCAGUGUACCAGUCCAGGGGGUGCCAAAGCCCCACACUUGUGGGCAUGAGCGCCCCAGUGCUGAGCCUCCUUCCGGCAGAUUUCUAGCACCAUUUUGGAGAAAGGAGGCGGGGACCACAGGGAACCAGCCUGUAA